UGCACCCCCGCGCCUUCAGCAUGGGCGUGCUCCGGGCCGGGCUGUGCCCGGGCCUCACUCACGACACGGUCGAGCUCCUGAGAAGCCACGGGAUCAAGACAGUGGUGGACCUGGUUUCCGCAGACUUAGAGGAGGUAGCCCAGAAAUGUGGCUUAUCGUAUAAGGCCCUGGUCGCUCUGAGGCGGGUGCUGCUGGCUCAGUUCUCAGCCUUCCCCUUCAAUGGAGCUGAUCUGUACGAGGAGCUGAAGACCUCCAUGGCCAUCCUGUCCACUGGCCUCGGAAGCCUGGACAGACUGCUCGAUGGUGGCCUCUACACCGGGGAAGUGACCGAAAUUGUAGGAGGCCCAGGCAGUGGCAAGACCCAGGUCUGUCUCUGUGUGGCUGCAAACGUAGCCCACAGCCUGCAGCAGAAGGCCCUGUACGUGGAUUCCAGCGGAGGGCUGACAGCCUGCCGCCUCCUCCAGCUGCUUCAAGCCCGGACUCCAGAUGAGGAGGAGCAGGCGGCAGCACUGCGGAGGAUUCAGGUGGCACGGGCCUUUGACAUCUUCCAGCUGUUUGGUGUGCUGCAGGACUUCCGAGGAGCUGUGGGCCAGCAGGUGAGCGGUUCUUCGGGCAUGGUGAAGGUAGUUAUCGUGGACUCGGUCGCUGCGGUGGUGUCACCCCUUCUGGGUGGCCAGCAGAGGGAAGGCUUGGCCCUGAUGAUGCAGCUGGCCCGGGAGCUGAAGACGCUGGCCCGGGACCUCGGCCUGGCAGUGGUGGUGACCAACCACCUGACCCGAGACAGAGACAGUGGGAAGCUCAAGCCUGCACUGGGGCGCGCCUGGAGUUUUGUGCCCAACACCCGGAUUCUCCUGGAUGUGGGCAGCGAAGGGGCAGGAGUACCUGGCAGCCAGCGCACAGCGUGUCUGACCAAGUCUUCCCGUCUGGCCACAGGAUGCCAGGAGGUGGUCGACUUGGAGAGUUGGGGGACCACAGAGCGGAGCCCAACGCUGUAG